AUGUCGAGUUUGAUCCAAGAAACUGAGCAAGAUUGGAUGAAACAUUUCUGUAAGUUGUGCGACAAGAGCUUCCCAUCUGGUAGAUCCUUGGGAGGUCACAUGAGGUCUCACGUGAUCAAUUCCACUGAUCUUCAUCAUCAGAAGCAGAACAGCAAUUGUCUGGUGGUUCUUGAUAAGCUCUGUAAGGAAUGUGGUAAAGGUUUUCAAUCUUGGAAAGCCUUGUUUGGACACAUGAAAUGUCACUCUGACAAAGUCGCAAACAACCACAAUUUGAAUCAAGAUUCUUGGACUAGCCAAUCGGAUGAUGAGAAUUCAGGUGCAAAAGUCAAGAAAUCAAGAUCAAGAAACACAAGAAUCAAGAGGUAUAUAACUGCUACUGUUACCACUACCACCACCGUCACAACAGCUUCAUCUUCAAUCUCCAUGAAUGCUAACAAUCAAAUGAUGAUCAGUAGUAAUCAUGCUUCAACAAGUGUGGUGUCUGAGAUAGAGCAAGAUCAAGAAUCUGAAAUCGCCAUGUGUUUGAUGAUGCUCUCUAGAGAUGAUGGGAAAUGGGAUAAUGAAUAUGAAUCAUCUGAUUACUGUAAUUCCUCUGCUUUGGUGAGGUUGACUAAAGUUGAGGGUAAAAAGCCAGUUGGAAAUGGUUCCAAGAUCAAGAAACUAGCAGAAACCCAAGUUGGUGUUGAUUAUCUUGGAAGAUCUGAAGUGGGUUCUGCUGGAUUGCCGAAAAUUAUGAUCCACAAUGACAAAUUCAUCGACGAAAGUGAGUUGGGUUUUGGGAAAACUGAUCAGGAUUCAAGCAAGAGAAAGUUCGAGUGUGCUACUUGUAACAAAAGCUUUCAUUCUUAUCAAGCACUUGGUGGGCAUAAAGCAAGUCACAAGAAGUUAAAGGGAUAUCUAGAUCCAAAAACCGAACCCUUGUUCAAUCAUGAGCAUAUGAUCAAUGGGUUUUGUGCAAAACCAUCUGAUAACCAUCAAUCAACAAAAGGCUUUAAUCUUGGUGCUGGUUCUCUGAAGAAAACAGUGGUAUUGGGAUCACAUGAAUGCCCAAUUUGCUUCAAGAUCUUCUCAUCUGGGCAAGCUUUGGGAGGUCACAAAAGAUCACACAUUAUUGCAGAAGCUAAGUUGAAUCAACAAACCAACAUGAAUCUGAUUGAAAAAGUGAACGAACCAAUUCGUGGCUUUCUUGAUCUCAACAUGCUUCCAGUUCCUGAUACGGUCGAAGAAGAGAUGAUGAUGAUGAACAAUAAUACCACAAGAUACAAGCCAUGGUACUGGACAGAUAGCAGUCAUAGCACUAACCAUGAAUCAACAACAGCACUACUUGGUUUGUUCUCCAGCUAAAAACCAUUAUUUCAAGAGUGUACAGAUUCCAUUAAUUCUUCACCAACAAAACAACAUGAUAAGCAGCCAUACACACACAAACACCAAGAACACACACCAACAUCUUCACAGUUUUUUGUGCUUAUAACUACAUUGUUUUCAUCAAAGGGAUCACAUUUUUCCCC